GGAAAACGAGUAAUAGUUAACUGCUUCUUGGGCUUCAUGACCGUGUGUGUGUGGAGGGGCAGUGCCUGGAGCAGAGCCCCAGAGGUGCUCAGGUAAGCUGCUCAGGUAAGCCAGGUGCACCCCUCCCUCAGCACUUGGCACCGACCUGCGCCGGGACACGUGAGUGAGCACUGGCUUUCCGACAGCUUGUGACCAAGCAGAACAAACUCUGUUAAGCAAGUUCAGCCCGACAACCAAGGUGAAAAGGCUCCUUCGGCUCACAGUGUGAAUAACAGGUGAAAAACGGGGGUAGGGAAAGAACCCCUCUCACCCACUCCCUGAGGUCAAGUUGAGGGCAAGUUAUUCGAAAGCAGAAUCCACACAGGCAGCCAAGUUAAACGCGUGCGUGUAUCAGAGCAGCCUGAAACCCAGACGUUACUUUUCCUCUUGAUUUUUUCCUGACCAAGGGCAUCCUCAGAUGAUCUCAGAAAGAGAGUAGAGAUAACUAUGAUGGCUUACCAGUGCUCUUCUUGGAUCUUCGUCAAUGAGAGGACAUUUAUUACCAGGGAACAACUUAAUUCUUUAUUGAAGACCUAUAACAUUUCUUAUGGGAACCAGGAAAAUCUGCAUAUUGUAUAUGGACAGACUGAAGAUGGGAAACCAAUUGUUGAAGGAAUGCUGGACAUUUUCUGGGGAGUAAAACGGCCUAUACAGCUGAAAAUACAAGAUGAGAAGCAAAUCCCUUCUUUUACUGUACUGAAGUCACCAGAUGUCUUUUCCAAAGGGGGAAUGACACGCUGGGGGGAAUUUGAUGAUCUUUAUCAUAUUAGUGAACUGGAAAGAACCCAGAUUCCAGUGUCUGAAGCAAAGAAUUCUCAGGAAGAUUAUUUAUCUUAUCACAGCAGCACUCUGAAGCCUCAUGGAGAUGAAGAGCCAGAAUCUCCCUUGCUCUAUAGAACCAUGAGUGAAGCAACCCUAGUGAGAAAAAAGAUGAAGCCUCUAAUGAUGGACAGAAAAGACAGACGGAACCAUAGGGCCUCUAUUAAUGGACACUUUUAUAACCAUGAAACAUCAAUUUUCACUCCAGCCUUUGGAUCAGAAACUAAGGUCAGAAUAAACAGUAACAUGAAAACUGAAGAAGUAAUAAAGCAACUUCUCCAAAAAUUUAAGAUUGAAAACAGUGCCCAGGAUUUUGCACUUUACAUUAUUUUUGCAACGGGAGAGCAGAAACGGCUAAAGAAGACAGACAUUCCACUACUGCAUAGGCUCCUACAGGGACCAUCCAAAAAGAAUGCUCGCAUUUUCCUCAUGGAUAAAGAUACAGAAGAAAUUAGCAGUGAUGUGGCUCAGUACAUUAACUUUCAUUUUUCUCUCCUGGAAUCCAUCCUUCAAAGAUUAAAUGAGGAAGAGAAAAGAGAGAUUCAAAGAAUAAUAACAAAGUUCAGUACAGAAAAGGCUAUUAUACUGAAGUGUCUUCAAAGUAAACAAGUAGUAAAAACAGAGACGACCGUUUAAUAGUAUAGGGCACUAUUGCUAAAAUGCUUCAACAAAAUUAGAGGUGUUACUAACUUGAUGAAUGCAUACAUUCUAUACUGCAUUCAUACAAAUACAUAUGAACUUUAAUCUGUAGAAAAUUGAAUGUUGUAAAAGCUUGUCUCUGAAGUGAUGAGGUAAACUAGGGUUCACAGUUGGACUGAAAUGAGCUUGAAUUUAGUUUCAGUAACUAAAAUAAACUUGGAUACUGUGUAUUCCAAAUAGGUUUUGUAGUGAAACACUCAAUGAACAUAUUAUGCAGUUAAAACUUCUUUUAGCUUGAAUUGUCAAGAGAACUGGAAUAUCAUCAAACAACUCUCAAAAAUGAUACAGAACUAAAAGCUGCCAACUCUUGAAAUAAAGCAGAAGCAUAUUCUCACCCUCCGAGGAACCUGAUGGUGAGAGUGUUUUACAGCUCCUUGAAAACUCUAACAUUUUCAUAACAUCUAGGGCUGUCUUUCUAUGGGUAGGUGACUUUUGGCUAUCUGUAACCUCAGAGCUAUCUGUCCUUUGGGAAGGAAAAGAUUUUGGACGCUGUUAAGAAAUCCAAAUUUUCUCAACUUGAGCCUUUCGUUUUGCUCUGUUCUACUGAUGACUUUCAAAACUAUGCUUAAGCUUUUGUCUUUUAGGUAAGGUGAACUAUUUUACUUUAUUUUUCCAAACAAAUAUGCCACAGUGACUUACUAUAUUUAAUGUGCUAAGCCAAGACUUACCCCUCAAUAGCCAUUGUUGCUGAAUGAAUACAAAGGAGAAUGCAAAGCUAUAGUAGCUGAAGCUAGAUAGGGAAUCCAGAGGGCUGAAUUUUUUCUCCAAGACAUCUCAUUCCAUAAAGUAAUUCUCAAGGUACUUACAAGUCUGCUAAAGCAAUUUGAAAAAAAAUUAAAAAAGAAGCACUCAAAGUGCCACAAGUACCAUCUAUUAUUUUAUUUAUGAACUCUAUAUCAAAAUGGAGUUGUAUACUGCUUUCUUCCAUCCUCUAAACUACUUCCAUUUGCAUUUCUCAUAAUCAUUGUAUUAAAUUGUUGGAUUACAUUACAUGCACUACAUGGGAUAAUGUUGUAUGUACAAAGCCCAGUUGGAAGAUUAACUAUCAAAAUAUGAAACCUUUUUUAAAAAAAGAUAUUACCCUUAGUGUCACCAAAAUCUAAACUGGAUGAAAGGCAAAGUGUGCUGUGACCUUUUCAGUCCUAGGAAAUAUCUUUUAUUGAGUAAAACAGAGGAUUGACUUGUUAUCCUUUCAUCUAUAAGUUAAUAAGAAAACACUCUCAUCUUGCUAAAAUAAGACAUGCAAUAGUUAAAAUUCAGUAAAUUUAUAAAAGAUUUAUUUUUAAUUUAUUUUUUUAUUGUUAGUUUCUGGUGUACAGAACAAUACAAUAGUUACCCUUUUUUCACCCUCACCAGGUAACAGAUUUAAAGUAGCAGCAAGCACCUGCCAUAAACAUGACAAAAGAUUCCUGUUUAAUAUAUUGAAAGUCUACAAAAUACAUCAGAAAAAUACUGAGUGUUGAAUGGGGGGUGGAGGAGAAGGCAAAUGGCAUGCAAAGUAAAAACAAAGAAGAAGAAAUGCAAAUGGCUACUAUGUGAAAAAAGUGAUAUCUUAACAGUGAUCAACUGUAUUAGUCUGUGUCCAAUCAAGAGACAAAAACUAUACAGUAAUUUAAACAGGGGUGUUUAGUAUAAAGAAGUAUUAAGUAUUUAGAUAAGAGAGUAACUACUCGUAAAAGGUGGGAAAAGGACUUUAAAUGGUAGACUAAGGCUGAUAGAGACUGCUCCAAAAAAAAGGAAAAGUUUGGAAUGAGGGGUUCAGAAUUCACUAGAGAAGGUGUGGCUGCAGCCCACUGGAUAGAGAAGUUCACUGGUUGCCCAGGCCAGAGCAGGGCCGCAGUCAUAGGUCAAGAAGGAACAAUCCUCUAGGGUAUGGACCAACCUGGGCAGGUGGGCAGGUGUGCUGAGAGACUUGGGCUUCAAUGCAGGUGCAAGGCUCAGAUUAUAUAGGUGUAUGUCUAGAGGUCCCCAGAAAACAGUUUGGGGGAACAGGCAAGCCAAGGCUGAAGGGUAAGCACAAAGAUAGAAUCAGGAGUACUGCUGCAGGCGCUGCUAGGACUGGGAGCUGGCGAGGCCUCCUUUGAAGGAACCUAGUACAACUUUGUGUAUGACUUGGGCUGUGGCAUCUUCAAGGCUUCAUGGGACAUAGGUUGGGCAUGUGGCUCACUAGAUGGCCAGUCCCACAGGGCCCUCUCUGAGAGCACGCACCUAGAUGAGGAGAAGAUACAGAGAACAAUGAUGUAAGCUAGGGUAUAGGCCUGCACUGGGGCUCCAGGCUGUGCCACUACAAGCCAAAUCAAAAGCUGGAAAAGGGGUUGGGGAAAUAAAGGCUAAAGAAAGCUGCACCCUACAAACAAAUAGCACAGGAGAAACCAUGGUGGGCAGAGCAGUGGAGAAAAAUGUCACCUUCCCAAGAGGCAGACCAGCCAGCCCUUAGGAAUCAGGAAAGACCAACUUCCUCCUACAAUGUUUCUCUAGUUCCCUCUGCUGACAAAGCAUGACAUGCAAGCUACAAAGAAAACAUAUUUAAAGGGCCCAUAUCCAUUUCACAGAGCAUACAGCAAAGAAUGAAUUUGGGAUGGAAGGGCAAUGAAAAAACUGGCAUGUCAACAAAACACAGAGUAAAGAAAAGUGAAAUAUCCUUUUGGUCUUUAAUUUAGUAAAGAUUAAGAAAUGAUAAUGUUAUUCAACAAAUUACAAUGAGAUGGGCUUUCAAACUACUGAUAGAUAUACAAAUAUAUAUAUAAUUUCUCUUGAAAACAACUGAGCAGUACAUCCUAUAAUUCUACUUUUAGGAUCUUAUAUUGAAAUAAUCAGACAUAAAAGACAUUAUGCAAAGAUACUUACUAUAUUCCAACUUAUUGUGAUAAAAGGAAGUAAAUUGCCUACAUUGUAAAAAAUAGAAAGAUUAAAGGAAAGAAGCAUUUAUCCAUACAAUGUUAUGCAGACAUUAGAAUUGUUUCCAAAUAAAUUUUAAUUAUAGUGAUAAAUUCUCCUUAUGUAUCUAAAUAAGAAUAUACACACAAAUAUUCCCAAAUAUUUACUAUCCAUAAAAAUAUGUGUUCAUAUGUGUAUGAACACUAAUAUUUAUAAAUACAACUCACAAACUAGAAACAAUAUGUUAAAUGUGGUUAUGUCUGGAUUGUAGAAUUAUGGGUGGUUCACCUUUUUUCCUAUGUUUAUUAAAUAUUCUCUAAUGAAUAUGGGUUACUUUUUAAAAUCAGGAAAUAGAAAAGUUAUGAUUAAAAAGUUACGAACAAAAAGUAGCAAGUCAUGGAAAUACAGAGUCCUACUAGAUGCAAAAAAGUUCAAUUAAAUUAUUUAAAUGAGACAUUAGCAUCACUUCUGUGGUAGUUUUAAAAUUAUCC